AUGAUGAUUGAUACUGAAACCACAAGCCCUCAACUACACAAUCGACCGGUGCGACAGAUCCCCAUGUCUCCAAUGCCCGGACCCAUGCCUAUGCCGAUUUCGGGUCCUGUUCCCUAUUAUCCACCCUAUAUGGGACAGCAGUACAUGGGACAGCAGAUGGGUAUUCAAGGUCCCAUGCCCAUGAUGCCGAUGAUGCCCCAGGCUGGUCCGGGUUUUCCAAUGGCAGGUGGGGGUUUGGGAGGGACUAGCAUUAUUGUGGAGCCCCUUAUAAUCCUACCGAUGGGCAUUGGCGCAGCAACUGGGUCGGGAGGUAAUCCCAAUCAAUAUUACGGAGCAAAUGGUGCUUAUCCCACUUAUAACAACUAUAAUCCCUACAACACGUACACCACUGCUCGACCCAGUUAUGACUAUAGCAAUUAUAACAACAAUAAUAACUAUAAUAAUUACAAUAAUAAUACUGGAUAUAAUAGCAACAACAACGAUUACAACUCUUAUGGUUAG